GGGAGAGAGAAAGAGAGGAAAUGAGCUGCAGGGAGGACGAGAAUGAGAGCAAAGGGGAGGAAAGAGAGAUAGAGAGCAGAUGUGGUCAAACUUGGGAAAUUGAAGAAAGCGAGUUAGAGGGUAAGGAAAGAGAAUUUAAGAAGAGAGAGGAAGAUGUUGGACUUGUUGAGAGGAGAGAAACAGAGGCAGGAGAUGAGAAUAUUGAGGAAGACCUGGAAGAGGAAGUAAGGAGUAAUCAUGAAGAGGAUAUAAAGGAGGAAGGGGAGAGAGGAAGUGAGGAUGUGGACGGUGUGGAGCGCUCCAUUCAGGUGAUGGAUGGUGGCAUCGCACUGGGCAGCGUAAAGUGGACAGAACAUCGAGCAGGAAGAGUUCAGCAGGUCAAAGACAGAGAAGUGACCUCAACCUUUGACUCGGCCUGCUCCGUCAGCAGCUUUAGAAUCCAGGUGACGGAGGAAGCGAUGCAGCACUCAGCAGAGGCGCUGAGUCGCACAGGGGUCCCUCAGAGCUCUGAUACUCAGGAGACUGUGCGCAAAAUGGCCGCCAUGAAAACUGAACACCGUGUUCGUCUGAAUAUCCUGAAGCUGUUAUUGGAGCGUGGAGCUGACCCUAACACAUCCAGGGUCCCCAUGCCUGUCCUCUUUUUAGCCAUUAUGGCGUCUGACACUGAGGCCGUCAGGAGACUGCUGCUGUGUGGAGCUCGCAUGGACAUUCCCCUACCACCAAAGAGGAAGGGUCUGUAUCCCCUGCAUGUAGCUGCUGCACUGCCGGGUCCAGCAGGUCCCAGAAUCACAGAGCUGCUGCUCCAUGCCAUCACUGACCCAGACGCACAGGCAUGCGACCAGAGCGAGAUCUAUGAACAAGAUAAGAUUUUACAGAAAGCGAAGGAGGCACUGAGCAGCAGUGAGGGUCCACAUCUCAAAGAAGGAGGCCGUACGGCCCUGCACGUGGCCUGCCAGAGAGACGCUGACUAUCGGAAUGCCAGUAAAGUGGUAGCCCUCCUGCUGUCCCACAGAGCCAGCACUGACCUCCUUUGGAGCGGACACUCCCCUCUUUCCCUGGCUAUAGCAAGUGGCAAUGACCUGGCAGUGGAGGAGCUGUUGAAGGGAGGUGCAGAUCCCAACAUCCCGCUGGGCCGCAGGGUGGGCAGCGCCCUCUGUGCCCUCGCCAACAUCAAGUACCACUUAGGUGGCAACAGAGCCAAACUGCUGGAGAUGUUAGCUCAGGCAGGUGCCGACAUCUUGAUGCCCGUUAUGGUGGGGGAUGUUGUUGGAACCGCAGUGGACUUUGCACACUACUCCUUCAACCAGGACUUGCGUAUUGCCAACACUCCCUUCCACGCUCUGAGCAUGCGGGAGAGAGAAACAUUCAAAACACGGCGCCAACUGCUGAGCAUGAUGGGAGAUCUGCUGAGACAGACUGCUGCACAGAGAGAGAUGGAACACCAUGCAACGAAUAUUAUCAGUAGCACAGAGAGGUUUGUGCACACUGGGGCAGGUCCAUCAAACGGGCACCUCCCCAGCUGUGAAAGUAUACCACCCACAACAGUAACACACAGGAAUCCUGCCUUUAACUUCUGCUAUCACUGCGGUCGCUCUGUGUCUGUGAAGCUGACCGCGUGUAGCCGCUGCCACAACGUCUUCUACUGCUCCAGGAACUGCAAACUGAAAGCUUGGGAUGAAAGACACAAGGAAGAGUGUAUCCGGGUGUCAGCAUCUGCUAAUGGCUUCCAGAAGAGUGUUGUGUUAAAAUCCCCAAGGGGCCCCAGGCCCUUGACUGCCAUGUUGAAAUCCAAAACUGUCCCCCGGCCCCUGAGUCUCAAGUUGAAAUCCCACAGAGUCUCCAAGCCUCUGGGCAUGGCAGAGAAGGUCUUGGAGAGCCAGGUCAACCUGAACGAAAACUACAGCUGCAACUGAAGGAUACUAAAAGUGUAAAACUUAAUAACAGCUUUUCUACCGAACAUUGAAAUGCAUUUUGUUACAUCAUUAUUUCUUUUCAGAUUUUGAGCCUUAUUAUUUAUUUAGCUGAAUGGAAUGAAUUUAUUUAAAAACAUUUUGUGCCACAAGCAUCUUCCUUUGGCAUUUUUACACUUGUAGUUUUGCAUCUGUUAUUGUAUUAUUAAAUAAUGUAAUGAUUGGUGCACCUAUCGCACAGAUAGGUGCUAUCGUCACAGAAUGAUUGAAUUUGCAUAUUAAAACCAGUACCAGUAACUUUAAUAUAAUAACUUUUUAUCAUGAUUAAACUUUGUGACUAAAGCUAUUACUGUUGAUUUUUGUUUCAAUAAUAUCCUCGGAUUGAUUUUGAAUGAAUAAGAUAAGAAUGUUGUGGUCUUCAUAAGCCAUUUCAUUUAUUUAGAAGAACAGAAGUACUAAGAUUGUACUUUAAUUAUGACAGACAGUGGCAACUCUCUCACAUUCAACGACAGCAGCUUAGUCAAUAUGCUAAAGUAGCAAAAACAAGCCUGACUAAAUAUGAAUAACACCUGUUUUAUUGACAAAAAAAGCACUAUAUCAGUUAUACUCUUAUAUUGUAUGCUCUAUCAGCUUUGUGUGAUACCCAAGAAUAAA